AUGGACUUGACUUCUUUUAUAAUAUUUUAUUCUGCAGAUACACCAGCUUCAGGCCUUUUAAUACAGAACUUUCUUCAGAAGCUGGAUCCGGAGGAAAUUUUCACCAAGCACGAGCGCAUCGGACGCGGUUCGUUCGGUGAAGUUUACAAGGGCAUCGAUAGGCGAACUUCACAAGUGGUUGCGAUCAAAAUCAUAGACCUUGAACAAGCCGAAGAUGAAAUCGAAGACAUUCAACAGGAAAUCCAGGUGCUUAGUCAGUGUGAUUCACCCUAUGUAACCAAAUAUUACGGAAGUUACUUAAAGGGAUCAAAGUUAUGGAUAAUAAUGGAGUACCUGGGCGGAGGUUCAGCCCUUGAUCUGACUAAAAGCGGCAAGUUGGAUGAAAGUCACAUUGCUGUUAUACUCCGGGAGAUACUUAAAGGCCUCGAUUAUCUUCACAGUGAGCGGAAGAUUCAUCGAGACAUCAAAGCCGCCAACGUCUUAGUCAGCGAGCAAGGUGAUGUGAAAGUAGCGGAUUUUGGCGUAGCUGGACAGUUGACAGAGACGGUGAAGAAGCGUAUCACGUUCGUAGGGUCACCGUUUUGGAUGGCUCCUGAACUAAUCAAGCAAGCCAGCUAUGAUUAUAAGGCCGACAUUUGGUCACUCGGAAUCACUGCCAUCGAGUUAGCUCAGGGCGAACCCCCACACUCUGACCUGCAUCCAAUGCGAGUCCUGUUUCUUAUUCCAAAAAACCCUCCUCCACAGUUGACUGGGCCGCAAUGGUCAAGAGUCUUUAAGGACUUCGUGGAACUCUGUUUAAAUAAGGAUCCAGACAAUCGCCCAUCAGCAAGCAGUCUGUUAAAGCAUCCUUUUAUUAAAAAAGCCAAAAAGAACGGCAUUCUCGUCGAGUUGAUAGAGCGAGCAAAGGAGUAUCGUACGCGGACAGGUGUGUCAUCGGACAGUGAUCUAGACGAAGAUUCCGAUGGUGGUGGUGGUACUAACGGCUGGGAUUACCCAACGGUGCGUGGUGGUCCAGCUAACGAGCGAGUUGACGCCGCUCAAAAAGAUGAGACGGUCACACAACGUAAUAGGCCUUCUCGACCUGGACUUUCAGGAAGAUUUAGUCCUGGUAAUACAAUUGUAAAGGUGAGACGAACUUCAGUACUAGCGGUGGCCGAGCAGUUGCGUGGAGCUGCGUUAGGUUCAGCCGGGAUAAACGAUAGUAGCGGUGGUUUUGGUCGAGUGUCUGCUUCUUAUGCACCCACAACGAUUACUGUUGCAAGUCCGCCUAGUAGUCCUAACUUUAACCAAAAUCCUCGACAACACACGCAUUCUCCAUCUUCGUCUUCGCAUACUCAGGACAGGAAUCGCUCUUCCGGAUCGGGUGGAAGAAACCGCCAUGUGUCGUCAUUUCAACCGAUGGAGAACGGUGGGCGUGAGUACGGUGGAAGUGGUGGCAAGUCUAACCGACGUGAAGUAUGUUGUUGUUACAACAAUCGUUUUAUUGUCAGUGAAUCUGUUCUCUAG